UUGUGGAAGAAAUAAGUAACAGGUCAUUAAAAGCGAGGAAAAAUAAAUUUGAGCCUUCUUUUAAUUUAACAUCAUGGCAUCCAAGACUGCGAGAUGUGUUUUCCUUCUUUUCAAUGUUUACUUCAUAAUCCAAGCUCAUCCAUUUAAGCUGUUAAAUUGUGACAAAACCUCACCCGUGCAACUGACAGUCGAUCGCUUUCCGUCACCACUCUUGUUAAAAAACAACGCAAAUUUAACACUUUCUGCUGGUGUAGAAGUCAAACAAAAAAUUCCCGAAGAUCUGUAUGUCAAAAUUAGCGUCGCGAAGAAAAUAGGAUUCUGGGUUCGUAUUCCCUGCAUUGGUUGUGAUUUUGGAGUGGAUUGCAAGAAAACACCAGAGCUGUGCAUGGUGAGAGAUAUGUGUGCUGGAUGUUCAUUGAAUGUUACUGACAUUACCGUUAAGCUACCUUCCAACAUUGAAGAAAAAAUCCCUUCCUUUAUACCGGGAUUUGUUUUAAAUGGUGAUUAUUGGGCGAAGAUUGACGUUGUUGAAGGAACAAAUAAAAAGAACAGAGUGUCUUGUAUUGAAGUAUACGUAAACUUAAAAAGUUGAAAAUAGAUAAAUAUAAUAUAUAUAUGUUAUUGUUCAA